CAAUGAGUCCCCGAGUUCUGUCUCGCAGAUCCACCUUCGCGCUCGACGUUGACGCUGGUCGUCCGUUUCUAGGGAACCUCGGCAAGGGCGUGAACCGUUUUCCAAAUGAGUCGAACCGGCGGCUCUUCUGUAAUUGCGUGAACGGUCUCUGGCUGGACUCCGAUCGAUCGAUCCCCCGCAAUGGCGAAAUACGAAGGAGCCUUAUUAUUCCUCCUCUUGAUUGUCUUGAACGACGAAAUCUACAAUGGACACGCCGAGUUCCAGGCCAACAAUCCCACCCUCUUCAACAUCGGCGCUGUAUUGUCGAACGAGAGCAGAGCUCAUUUCGAGCAGAAAAUCAAAAACUUAAACUUAGACUCGAAGUACGUCAGGAAAGGAGUAUCUUACACGCACACGGUGAUCCAGAUGGACUCGAAUCCAAUUAAAAUGGCGCUGAGCGUGUGCAACUACUUGAUCGCAAAGAGGGUGUAUGCAGUGGUGGUCUCCCAUCCCCUGACUGGGGACUUGUCGCCGGCAGCUGUGUCCUACACAAACGGAUUCUACCACAUACCCGUUAUCGGCAUAUCGUCGAGAGAUUCGGCGUUCUCCGACAAAAACAUUCACGUCUCUUUCCUGCGCACGGUACCGCCGUACUCGCAUCAGGCAGACGUGUGGGUGGAUCUUCUGAAACAUUUUAAUUACUUAAAGGUGAUCUUCAUCCAUAGCUCCGACACCGAUGGCCGGGCUUUGCUCGGCCGGUUUCAGACCACCUCGCAGAACUUGGAUGCGGAUGUAGAGAUUAAAGUUCAGGUGGACCCCAUCAUCGAGUUCGAACCCGGUCUGGAGAAUUUCACGCAACAGCUGAUGGACAUGAAGGCGGCGCAAUCCAGAGUGUAUUUGUUGUACGCGUCAAAAACUGAUGCGGACGUAAUCUUCCGAGACGCUGCAGCCCUGAAUAUGACCGACGCAGGAUACGUUUGGAUCGUCACGGAGCAAGCCUUAGAUGCGCCAAAUGCACCGGAAGGUCUUCUCGGCUUGAAAUUAAUUAACGCGGAGAAAGAGGAGGCUCACAUCCACGAUAGUCUGCUGGUACUGGUAAAAGCGUUGAACGAAAUGAACAAAACAGAAUUGAUCACAGAGCCGCCGAAGGAUUGCGACGACUCCGGCACCAUUUGGGAAACUGGGAAGAGCCUGUUCGGAUUCAUCCGGAAGCAAGUACUGCCGAACGGUACCACCGGAAAUGUAGCUUUCGACGACAAUGGGGACCGGAUUUUCGCCGAGUACCACAUCAUCAAUAUUCAGGAAAGAGGCGAAAGGGUCUCCGUUGGAAAAUAUUUCUAUCCCAUUUUGAACGUGGGCCAGAAUAUCACCAAGAUGAAGCUAAUGGUGAACGAAUCAAACAUAACUUGGCCUGGCCGGUUACGAACAAAGCCGGAAGGUUACAUGAUCCCCACGCAUUUAAAAGUGCUCACAAUCGAAGAGAAGCCGUUCGUUUAUGUCCGCGAGAUCUCUGAGAGCGAAUCCUGCCAGCCGGAGGAGAUUCUGUGUCCUCAUUUUAACGCCACCGAACACGAAAGUACGAAAACGUACUGUUGCAAGGGCUACUGUAUGGACCUGUUAGAGAAGCUAUCGGAGACCAUCAAUUUCACUUACAGCUUGGCUCUGUCUCCAGAUGGACAAUUUGGCAGCUACAUGAUCAAGAAUAUCUCAGGCGGCAAGAAAGAGUGGACGGGACUCAUAGGGGAAAUAGUCAACGAAAGAGCCGACAUGAUCGUUGCUCCUUUAACCAUCAAUCCAGAACGCGCGGAGUUCAUCGAGUUCAGCAAGCCUUUCAAGUACCAGGGCAUCACUAUUCUCGAGAAAAAGCCUUCAAGAUCGUCGACCCUGGUAUCGUUUCUGCAACCAUUCAGCAACACACUUUGGAUACUGGUGAUGGUGUCGGUGCACGUAGUGGCUCUAGUUCUGUACCUCCUCGACCGGUUCUCGCCCUUCGGGAGGUUCAAGCUAGCAAACACUGACGGUACCGAAGAGGAUGCCCUCAACUUGUCCAGCGCAAUAUGGUUCGCCUGGGGCGUCCUGCUCAACAGCGGUAUCGGAGAAGGCACUCCGAGAAGCUUCUCUGCACGGGUAUUGGGCAUGGUUUGGGCAGGAUUCGCAAUGAUUAUCGUUGCCUCGUACACUGCCAACUUGGCUGCAUUCUUGGUGUUGGAACGGCCGAAGACGAAAUUAACUGGAAUCAAUGAUGCUCGUCUGAGAAACACUAUGGAGAAUCUCACGUGUGCAACUGUGAAGGGCUCAGCAGUGGACAUGUACUUCCGUCGGCAGGUCGAACUGUCCAACAUGUAUCGCACCAUGGAAGCAAAUAAUUACGACACUGCUGAGGAAGCCAUCAGGGACAUCAAAAUUGGGAAACUCAUGGCUUUUAUCUGGGACAGCUCUCGGUUGGAAUUCGAGGCUGCUCAGGACUGUGAAUUGGUCACUGCCGGAGAAUUAUUUGGACGGUCUGGCUACGGAAUCGGUCUACAAAAGGGCUCUUUGUGGGCAGAUGCUGUGACUCUGGCUAUUCUAGACUUUCACGAAAGCGGUUUCAUGGAGAGCCUCGACACGCAUUGGAUCCUCCAAGGAAACAUACAACAAUGCGAGCAACUGGAGAACACUCCGAACACGCUGGGCCUUAAGAAUAUGGCCGGUGUGUUCAUAGUGGUGGGUGUAGGAAUCAUCGGUGGUAUCGGUUUGAUCAUCAUCGAGGUGGCAUAUAAGAAACACCAAAUCCGCAAACAGAAGAAGAUGGAACUGGCGAGACACGCGGCCGACAAAUGGAGGGGAGCGAUCGAGAAACGGAAGACCUUGCGAGCGUCUAUAGCAGCCCAACGAAGGAUACAAAGCAAUGGCCUAAAUGAUCCUACGACUGUCAGCCUGGCGGUCGACACGGUAGCUAGAUCUAACCUAACUCCACGGAGUCCUGGUCGGGCAUGGCCGGGUGAUAGCGACAUUCGUCAGCGUCCAAUCCCUCGGUCCGAUGAUAUCAGACUGUCCCCUGCCGCAUACACGGCGGACGUCUCACACCUUAUUGUGUGAGCGAACUGAUUUUUUAUAGAUCACUUGUAUCGUGAAUAUGAAAAUGUUAUCACUGUCGUGAGAAGUUACGUUAG